AUGGCGACCAAAACAAAAGGAAAGAGUGCAGUCACAACAGAUGGCGACGUCCACAGCGACGUGCAAAUUAUUCCCCUGAAACCUCUGGAUCAAUGGCGACCCUUGGAGAAUGUUCGAUCUCUUUUGUUUCUAGUCGUGCGCGAAAUCCUCGAUGAAAAAGCCAUGCGGGACUCCCUCGAUCGACUCAUCAGAGAUCAUCUGCCAAUUCUUGGAGCUCGAAUCGAGUUCAAAAAGACUGAUCUGGAAUAUCGUCUACCCAAAUCUUUUCCUCCAACUUAUUCUUUGUUCGAAUGGACGUCAAAAACAGUAGAAUCUUCUUUGGAAGACACCAAUCUGUUACCCCAAGGGUCCCAUUCCGACUCUGCUCUGUCCUUUGCGCCAUCCAAUAUCCCUGAGAUGGAAAAGGAAUGGACUCCAUCCAGUUGGCCCGUGGAAAGAAAAUACGAGAAGCCCAAUGCACCUCUCCUUUUUGUACACAUCACCAAGUACACCCACACCACCGUCGUCGCAUUGAAUAUUCCACAUUGUGUUGCCGAUCAACUAGGCUUUGCAAGCCUAAUCAACGCUUGGAUGAGCGUACUCAACGGUGAAGCUCCACCAGAGUUUCUCGAGCUUGGCUUGAAUGCCCUCGACGGACCCAAACUUUCCCAGAAAGAGCUGAGAAUGAAAGGCACUUAUCGCAUUCUCAGUGGCAGAGAGCAUGCUACCAAGUUCAUCCCUUACAUUUCUGAAUUUGCGCGGUGCUCGAAAGAAAUUCGAAGGACUCUGUUCUUGCCAACUGAAGUCGUCGAUGAACUACGCCAGCGCUGCAUGGAAAAACUCAAAGCGAAAUAUGGCGAGGAAGCAGCAACAUUAUCAAACGCCGAUGUUAUCACCGCCAUCCUUGCCAAAUUUGCAUAUUUAGACCGAAGCCUUUCGAAAAUGGUAACUCUCAGCACAUCUCUCAAUAUGCGAGGCCGACAUCCUGCUCUCCCCGCAGAUAAACCUUACCUUCACAACGCGCUCUCCUUCGCCGUUGCACGACUGCCAAUUGCAAAGACUCCACUAGCCGAGGUGGCGUACCAGAAUCGCCUUGCAGUCAACGAAGAGCUUCAGUUGAAAAAUAUCGAGCGCAGUCUGGCCGUCACCAAGGAGCUGUACAAGCGAAAGUACCCACUUCAUGUCGUCGAGCCGUCUGAUCUCAGCUAUGCGAUUACAAAUUGGUGCGGAGCAUGGCGUGUUAUUGAUUUCGGACCAGCGGUGGUGAAAACGGAGGACAGCGAUUUGACUGCUGGUGCAAAUACCAGAGCUGUGCCUUUGGUGUUUGGGCACUCCUUUCAACGCAAUUAUCCCACGAGAUUCAGUUCUCAAAUCAUGUGCAAGGCGGAUGGCGGGUAUUGGUGCGAUUUUACUACUAUUCCGAAGACAAUGGCUAAGGUUGAGAGUUUGUUGAAGUCAGACCCUAAACUACAGAGUUUAUAA